UCAACGGGAACAAGUUUUCGUCAAAUUUCAACGAGCGUUUUGCUGCCAACGAUGGUGGCCUUUUUUGGAAUCGGACUCGCACUAUUGGCGCUAUCGAUGCAGACCUUGGCCGGGCCACCCCCUCGGCGGGACCACGAGUAUCCCCCACCAAGUGCAGUUGCUCCCUUGAAGGAGGUUCGCCCACACUGCAUUCAGGAGACCGGUGUCAGUGAGGCAGCCAUUGCGCGAUUCAGCGAUGAGGAUGUGUUCGAGGAUGAUGAAAAACUGAAGUGCUACAUGCAGUGCAUGUUCAUCAAGGGAAAGUUCACAGACGCCAACGACGAGGUGGAUUUGAUGAAAAUAUUGGACAGUAUUCCGCCGAAUUUCGAAGCGAUCUAUCUAGGCAUGGGAUCGAAGUGUACCAAACCCAAAGGGAAAACGCAAUGCGAUCGAGCUUUCUGGUAUCACAAGUGUUGGAAAAUGGCUGAUCCUGUUCACUACUACCUGGUGUAACUAUUGCAUUUCCAAUGCAACGGAAAGAAAUUUAUUAGCAAGUUAGAUGAAACAGAUAGUCGGUAAAGGUGCAAUAAGAACGUGGUUCAUUUAUGUAUAUAGGUAUAUUUUUUAGUAUUAAAAAAAUGAUACGUUAUAGGAAUGAUUCUAGAUAAAAACUCCUAUUAAAAUGCUUAAUUAAAAAAAAAAUCUUUCGACAAACAUA